GGACAUGCAGUUAAAAACCAAAUCUGUUCUUUAAAUGCAAUAUGAAGUGUGCUUCAAGAAUGUUUUUUAAACUACAAUUUUUCUUACAAAUGUUAUUGAUUACUUACAUUCAAGGUGAAAAUAUUCAUCUGAACAAAAUUUCUACUUUAUACAUACCGUUUUCCUAUACUGACGAGGGGGUUCCUACUUUUUCUUUGGCGGAAGGAUCGGCAGAACAACUGGCUUAUGAUUUUCAGGAUCAGAUUGUGUAUAUUGUUGGGGCAUCCAAAGUAAAUGUUAUCGAUAUAUCCAAAGUGGAAAAUCCACAGAUCCUUUAUCAUAAAGUUCUGGGUGAUUUUGAUCCAACUGAUGUAGAAUUCUGCGGAGAUCAUGUGUUUGUCGCUUUGGAUAAUAAUAAGGACAGAGAAGCUGGGAGAGUAGUCGUCUUCAAGAAAUAUAACAAGAAGUAUAACACAAUGGAGGCUGUUUUAAAUAUCACAGUUGGACCUUUGCCAGACAUGCUGCUUCCAACCUCAAACUGCAGAACUGUUUUAAUCGCUCUUGAGGCGGAGGCAUUUCCUAAAAAUGGUAAAUUGGUUGACCCUGAGGGUGGAGUUGGACUUCUGAAGUUUCAAGGUGUAAACAUCACUUCCUCAACUUAUUCCUACAAAAGACUAAAUUUUCACAAUUUUAAUGAUAGAUGGAAUGACCUGUCAAAAUCUGGUGUACGAUUUGUUUACAAAGAACAAAACAACACGUUUUCUCAAGAUUUAGAACCUGAGUAUAUCACUUUCAGUAAAGAUGAGACGAAAGCUUACGUUUGCCUUCAGGAAAAUAAUGCCAUAGCUGUGGUGGAUUUGGAGACUGAAAACAUUACAGCAGUUCACGGACUUGGUUUCAAAAACUGGAGUAAUUCUAAACUCGAUGCUAAUGACAAAGAUAAUGAAAUUGUCAUUAGAUCACUUCCGGUGUAUGGGAUGUACCAACCUGACGCUAUCCAUUUGGUGAAAAUGAAAGAUGUUGAAUACAUCAUUACAGCCAACGAAGGAGACAGCAAAGAUUAUUCUGGAUAUCCACUGAAUAUGACUGGUUUUAGUGAAGAAAUAAGAGCCAAGGACAUCACUUUAGCAAAUAAUUCCGAAGUCACAAGGUGGGCAUAUCAGAACAAUGUAGAGAAUAUCUUGGAUGAUACAAUUUUAGGUAGGCUGCAGGUUACAACAGAAAAUGGGCGAUUAGCGGACGGAACUUUUGAUAAACUGUACACAUUUGGUGGAAGAGGAUUAACUGUUUGGAGGGCUGAUUCAAUGACUAAAGUUUAUGAUAGCGGAAGUGAUGUAGAAGAUACUCACGCAGAAUCAAGACCCGAUCUCUUCAAUGCAGAUGCUAAAACUGACGCCAUUAUUAAGUCCACAACGGACUCUAGAUCAGAUAACAAAGGUCCUGAGAGUGAGAGCCUUGCAGUUGCCCACGAUGGUAAUAAAGUGAUAGUCUUCCUUGGAAACGAGAGACCAGGUUCUAUCAGUAUAUAUUCAUUUAUUGGAAGUAUGACCUCACCAAGUUUUGAAAGUGUUUUCUCAGAUAUACCUUCUUCGGAGGAAUCAUGGACACAUGCUUUUGACCGGAAGGCCAUAAGUUGUAUAGAUCCAGAGGAUCUAAAAUACAUUCCACCACAUCAAAGUCCAAGCGGUAGACCUCUAUUAUUAGUGGCCGGUUCUGCCAGUGGCACUUUUUCUAUAUUAGAAGUCAAAGGGAUCAAUAUUGAAAAUAUCAGAAAUGAGGGAUCUCUAAACUACUCACGAGCGUCCAAACUCAAUGUUAUAGACAUAUCCGAUGUUCACAAGCCAAUAAUUCUCUUCCAUGAGAUUUUAGGCGAUUUUGAUCCCACUGACGUGGAAUUCUGUGGAGAUCAUGUGUUUGUCGCAUUGGAUAAUAAUCAAAAUAGAGAGGCUGGGAGAGUGAUCGUCUUCAAGAAGUAUGAUAAAAAAUAUGAUACAAUGGAGGCUGUUCUAAAUAUUACAGUUGGUCCCCUACCAGACAUGCUUCUGCCUUCCUCACACUGUAGCACUGUUCUGAUUGCCCUGGAGGCGGAAGCUUUUGCCAGAGACGGCAAAUUAGUGGACCCAGAAGGCGGCGUGGGACUGUUGAAGUUCCAUGGUCAAAACAUCUCAGCCUCAUACUAUUCGUAUAAAAGGCUGAAUUUUCACAAUUUCAAUGAUAGGUGGUCGGACUUGUCAAAAUCCGGUGUACGGUUUAUCUAUAAAGAAAAUAAUAAUACGUUUUCCCAAGAUGUAGAACCGGAAUAUAUCACUUACAGCAAAGAUGAAAGGAAAGCUUACAUUUGCCUUCAGGAAAACAAUGCAAUAGCAGAGAUAGAUUUAGAGACAGAAAACAUAACAGCAAUUCACGGACUUGGAUUUAAAGACUGGAGGAAUUCUAAACUUGAUGCCAGUGACAAAGACAAUGGAAUUCAUAUUAGACCUUUGCCGGUGAUGGGGAUGUAUCAACCUGACUCCAUUCAUGUGAUAGAUUUUAAAAAUGCUGAAUACCUCAUUAUGGCUAAUGAGGGUGAUAUUAAAGAUUAUUCAGAAUACCCUCUGCAUAAGACUGGUUUCAGUGAAGUUGUGCAAGCCAAGGAAAUUAUGCUAUCAAACAAUUCUGAUGUAUUAAGGUGGGCGAAAGAGAACAACGUAAGGAAUAUCAUGGGCGAUUCAAUUUUAGGAAGGCUGCAAAUAACAAAAGAAAAUGGACGAUUACCCGAUGGUACCUUUGAUAAACUUUACACAUUUGGUGGACGAGGAUUUUCUAUUUGGAGGGCGAAUACAAUGACCAAAGUUUAUGAUAGCGGAAGUGACGUAGAAGAUACUAUAUCACAAUCAAGACCUGACUUGUUUAACGCAGAUGCAAAAAAGAUUCACGAAGUUGUAAAAAAAACGAUGGAUAGUAGAUCGGAUGACAAAGGUCCUGAAAGUGAGAGUAUUGCAAUAGUUCAUGAGGGCAACAGAAUUAUAGUUUUCCUUGGCAAUGAGCGACCAGGUUCUAUCAGUAUAUACUCUUUUAAUGGAGACAUGUUCAGGCCCCAUUUUGAAAGUGUGUUCUGGAACAUACCAAACUCGGAGGUAACAUGGACGGAAGCCUUUGACGAACAGACCAUCAGUUGUAUAGAUCCAGAGGAUAUAAAAUACGUUCCACCACAUCAAAGUCCAAGUGGUCGUCCAUUGUUGUUAGUGGCCGGGUCUGUUAGUGGAACUCUCUCCAUACUAGAAGUCAAAGGCGUCCACAUUCCUAUACAUGACGUUAAUAUUGUAGGUUAA